GCACGUCGCGGAGCAUGUCGCGGCGAUGACGCGGCGCGCAGCGCGCGGCAUGCCCUGCUGACAUGGCACGCAGCCGCUCCGCCCUCCUUACGCUGGCAGCUAUCGCAGCACUCGCCGGGUGUUGUGUGUGCGCCCCGCAAGGAAGUGUGCAGGGCGGCGUGCAAGGAGGCGCGCAGGUCCCGCCUGGGGUGCCGCACUCCACCGCGCCUCCGGCCGGAGUCGGCGGCGUACGAAGAUUCAGUCAAUAUUCCAGAGGGAGAGGAUAUCGCGACUGGCGCACGCGUGGGGACCCCACGCUCAUCAACUCACUCUGGCGCAGUCGGCAGCCGCUGGGAAUACGCAAGCAGCUCGGAAACGCAGAGGUGUACAUAAUACUAGCGUUGCUGAUCGGCUUCGUGACCGUGGUGGUGGGGUGCUGGCUGUCGGACAACUGCUGGUCGCCGGAGCCGGAGGACGUGCUGGCGGGCGGGUGA